UUUUGAGAAACCUAACCUAUGUGAUUUACAUGACAACAUAAAGCUAGUAGCAGCUAGUAGAAAUACUAUAGAAAAAUGUAGAAUUAAAAGUGUGCAAUAAUUUAUGGGAAAUUUGAAAUAUUUAAUUAUGCUAAUAAGAAUACAAAAUGGAUUAUUAUGAAGUAUUAUCUACAUUAACUUUCAGUACCGAUGAUCAGGAUAAGAAUUUUGAUGAUAAGGUGACACAAAUAAUUCAAAAGGUAAAGCCUUUUUUAUCAGAAGAUGUAAGGCAAUCUAUCACAGAUUUCUCUAUAAGGAAACAAUUUUUUUACGUACUAACUUAUGUAUUGCGUGGUAUUAAACAAGAAAAUGCAAAAACAGAUACUGAUGUACUUAUUAAUGUAAGGCAAUAUCGUUCUGUGAAAAUUGCUAUACAAUUAGUAAUAUUAAUCGGAAUUAAGCCUUCUCUAUUACCUGGUGUAGGUAUAGAUGUAGAAAAAUUAUGCCUUAUAGCUGUGACAAUUACCCAAGAAAAAGAUUUAAGCUGUCUGGAGAAAUAUGAACAAUUAUGUUCUUCAACACACUUACUCUUAGAACUUUUCGACGAUAUCCAUUUGCGAUCUGUUGUACUUUUAUAUAUUAACCCCUUAAUGGCUGCACUGUUACAACUGGCGCAUGCUCCACUAGCUAAACCUUCAAGCAAAGUUCAAUCUACAAAUUUAAAUGACCAGGAGUUUCAUAUGACACUAGAGGAAUAUCAAAAGCUACAGUCUCGUCAAAAAAAAUUUCACACCAAAUUAAUUUUGUUAUUGAGUAAUUGUCCACGUGAUGUAUGCUUUCGGGAAUUAAUGGCAAUUCUGGGAGUGCAAAAUGCACCGAGGUGGAUACGUAGAGAAAUUCAAAAUUAUCUCAUUAAAAUGCUUAUGGAACCAAAUGGAGUAACAUCGUUGAUUGCCACAAUUUACAAUGAUGGUUUAGAUUUGGGUGCAGAUUGGAGAAAAUUAGAUACACUUUCCUGGCUGAUAGCAGCAACGCAUGGAAAGAACAUCGAUGAAUAUUACAAAGCUGUAUGUCCCCAGAUUUUAGAUCUGUUUUCCUCAGUUAAGUUCAAGCAUGGCCCAAUAAUAGCAAACUGCUGUAUUAAAUCUCUGUACGAUUAUAAUCCACAUGCUUGUCAUAAGUAUAUUAUAGAAGUCAUUUGUGCACCUUUAAUAACAAAAGAAUCAGACAUUGUAAAAUCUGAAAAAGAUAUAGCACAAUGUAUAGAAGUUUUAGCAAAAUGUUUUCUAAUGGAGGACGCCAAGUUCAAGCAUCUACCUUGCAAUGUUAUUUUGCAUAUUGCUAUACCUCUAUUUUGCCUAUAUGAUAAAAUCCGCGAAAGUGCUUGCACAUUAAAAACAAAUUUACGACGAUUGUUAUUAAAAAUCUUGGAGGAAGAGACAACGCGAGAGAAGCUGUAUUCGGUUUUUCUAGGACACAAUACGUCAGCAGAAUUUGGAGAUUAUGUGACAUCAGAAUUUGGACCAACAGGUGGUAUCGAAAUUAAUGGUUUGAGUAAAGAUUUAGAUUAUGAAAAAUUAGCUGAUACCAUUUUCGAUCUAGUAUCUACCGCUAAGGACUUAUCUCCCAGCUUAUUCUGUUAUAUGUUAAAGUUUUUGUCAAAUGUAAAUAAAUGGAGCUACGAAAUUGAACGGUCGAAAACUCUGGAAACGGAAGACGAUAAGAUAGAACGCAUCACGAUGCAAUUAGCGGCUCAUAAACUUCUGUCACAAUUAGCUGGCACAAGUACCGUUCAAGACGCGCAAGUAAACAAUCCCGAACCACUGCUGUCAUUUAUAAAGUCAUUGUUCGACGAAUACACAAAAAAUUAUUCAGAGAAAACUGAAGAGAAUGAAUGCGAGAUACUGUACAUCAGCUUAAUGUUGAUCAAGAUGAUUUUGUUUGAGAAGGUCGCAGCAGUUAAGAGCGAUCUCUUCAAAGAUUUUAAAAUGUUUUUAGAAAAUCAUGAACAGAAUCCAAAUAUUCCGACACAACUUAAAUCAUUGAUCAACGAAGUGGUUACUUGUAUCAUGACACACGACUCCCGAACUAGAUCCGAGAGAAAAUACUAUCAAGACGUGUCCAGUUCAUCGGAGAAAUUCGACGAAGCCUUAAAGGAUCUCACGGAUCCAUUACUUCCGGUUCGGGCGCAUGGACUCGUGGCACUCACGAAAUUGAUUGAGACUAAAGAUUGUUACACUGUUGAACGUAAUGCGAUCGUUUUGCGUUUAUUUCAGGAGAAUUUGAAGCACGAAGAUUCGUUCAUAUAUCUGGCAUCUAUCAAUGGAUUAUGCACAUUAGCAACUACAUACCCAGAGAAAGUCAUAGAAACGUUGAUGCUGGAAUACAUUGACAUGCCCAAACGUGUCGCAGUCUCAGAGAUAACUGUUGAAACUAGAAUAAAGCUCGGGGAAAUUCUAGUCAAAACAACGAGAGCCUUGGGUGAAAUGAGCGUGAAACAAAAAAACACACUGGUGAACGGGUUUUUAUGCGCAAUUCGUGAUGAAGAUCCCUUGGUACGAGCCUCUGGUCUCUCUUGCUUAGGAGAACUUUGCAAGGUAUUAAACUAUCGUCUGGGAAACAUGCUCACCGAAAUUCUUUAUUGCAUUACAUGUAUAUUAAAAUCAGACAAAGUACCUGAAUGUCGUCGUGCCGCAGUUUUGGUUGCAACGCUUCUAUUUCGCGGUCUCGAUCGAGACUUGUUGAGCAGUUGUACCAGAGACAUGAUCGAUCUAUAUCGCGAGUUACGCAAUUUGCGUGACGACAAAGAUUCCGUGCUACAACUUCAUGUUCAGUUAGCUCUGGAGGAAAUUAAUCGCAUCAUGCAGGACUCCCUACUCACUGGACUUUCUACAUCCAAAAAAUUGGACCAGUUAGAUUCAAUGUCCAUUAGGUGACGCAAUAAAACAUAUUUAUAAUUGCUAAAAC